AUGUCCUUAUCAAAACCUACUUGGAAUCAUUUCGGUCCUCACCAGCCGUUCCCGGAAAAGCAGUAUUCCGCCCAUUUCUACCGGCACGCCCUUUCUUCGUCUUUUUUCUCUCCGGUGGCCCUUUCAUUAUCAGCUGCAUUCUCCCAUCCGAUCUCUUGCACCUCCGCCAAUAUGAAUGCUCUCUCGCCCGACGAGAUGGAACGCUUCCAGAAGCUGUCCAAUAGUUAUCAGCCAGAUAUCCCGGGUCCCCUUGUCUCAGCCAAGCAGUCGAGUCACAGCAUUGCCUUGGAUUACUCCAAUGCAGAUCCGACUCUAGUCACAAAGACAAAUGCGCUGGCUGUCACCCACCCCGAAUGCCGCAUCAUGAAAGGCGAUGGGGAUUGUGGUUGGAGAGCCGUGGCGUUUGGUUACUUCGAAUCCCUCUUCAACCUCAGAGACACGCUCCGCAUAAAUGCUGAGAUUCAGCGGAUGAAGGAUCUCAGCAAGCUUUUGGAUCAGGUUGGGAUAUCGGAUUCCAUCUAUGAGAUGUUUGUGGAUGCCACGCUAGAUGUCCUUGACCAAACGCGUGCUGCUAUUCACAAUGGCGCUCAAGACGAGUCUUUCCUCGUCAAUCUUUUCAAUGACGGCUUUUACAACAAUAGCAUCAUUACUCACUUCCGAACUGAUUGUUUCGGCAUGAAGAUCUUGACUAGUGCGUGGAUCAAACUCAACUCAGACCGCUAUCAGGCUUUCCUCCCGACAUCGGUGGAUCAAUAUUGCAGUUCGCGAAUAGAGCCGGUGAAGAGCGAAAUCGACGAAGUUGGUCUCCAGGCGUUGAUCGAUGGCGUGAUUGAUGGAUCUGGCUUUGGCGUCGAAAUUCUGUACCUUGAUCGAAGUGAAGGUGACGUGGUGACACCUCACCAACUCUCCUCUCUCCGCCGUGAAGAUGCAACAAUCCGUCUUCUGUACCGACCCGGUCACUAUGAUCUCCUCUAUCCGGUGCACACUGCCUUGAACAUGGCACCCAUAGUUAACCUCCAAUAUGGAAUGACGACCGACUACUCCCCUUGGGAUCAAGCUGCUCUCGGCUUCGAUGUCAAUUCAAGCUUAAUGGCCAUCCCCAAUCUGAUGCAGGAUACAUCCUUUGGGAUGGGCGCUCCUAUGUCCCCCAUGCCUUCUGUCUCGCCAUCCCCCGGUAGUCCAUUCCGCAUGUCUCCACAACAGGACAUGUACCAAUCGCCCAUGCAGAGCCAUGCACCCAUUCCGCCAGUUCCUGUCUCAUCUCCUCCAACACAAAUUGCGCCACCCUCCGCCGCCCCACCCCCGAUGACUUCGCUGCCCAGUCGAUCAUCAGACGGUCCACAAAUUCGUCUGAACCCGCUGGUGAUGAAACCGAAUCUGAGCCGCUCGCUGCCCGUCACUACCCCUUUCAAAAAGUGA